GUUGCAUAUCGCCUCUCCGGAGCUAAACGGGACAGUGCUAUGAGGACUCUCUCCAAAAGUAAAACUUGCGAAGUGUACUGCGUAUCCGGGCAUGGACACCCAGGCUGCUCCGCUGCACAGGGAGAGGGGGAGCUCAAGGAGCCCACCCAAUGUCUGAGCCCCCCCACGAAGCCUGAGGAUCCUGCAGAGCAGAGGGAGGAGAGCGGUCGAGGUCCAGCCUGUGGGUACUGGAGGAGAUGGAUGUUAGGUCUCCUGCCUUUCUUUCCCUUCACUGCAGCCGUUGCACUGACAGUCCACUACUUAACAUCUCUGCCCUCCUCAGUGUUCUUCCUCGGUGGCAGCGUGGAGUUCUCAAACCUGAACUUCUCUUCAGAGCUGACUGACUCCACCUCCCCUCAGUUCCGCCUGCAGGCUCAGGCUUUGAACCAUUAUUUCUCUGAACUCUACGAGUCGUCCCCGUGGAGGUCUUACUACCUGCGCUCAGGAGUUACUGCCUUCAGUGAAGGAGCAGAGGGUCUCAAUGUUUUCUACUGGAGUAAAUUCUCUGCCCCGGACGAUGUUGCCAUGGCAAUCCGGAGGUCCAGCCCAGAGAGACUGCAGCGCAGACUUCCUGGCAGCACCAAGGUGUUGCGGGGCAGCCGCAACGAGCAGCGCUACUACAUGGAGCAAGAUGAUGACAUGCUCCACCUGCUGGGUUUGGACCCUGAUGACUUUGAAUCAGAUGAAAAAUCAGGCAAGAUUAAGAAUCCAAAUAGCAUCCAGAGCGGGAAGUGGCAGCUCGGUUUCCAAGCAAUGUCCUUUGACCUCUACGCCAAAUAUGGAAACAACCGCACCCUGAGCCUUGUGAGUCCCAAAAAGCCUUAUUACCAGUGGCGUCUACGCGUGCCAUCAGGUCAUGUGGUUCGGCUGGUCAUUCUCACCCUUCAUGGCGCCACACCAGGAAGCUGCACCGCUCACAAGCUCUCAGCCUACGACUUCCUGCUUCCUUUACAGAAUAAGAUCAUUGCCAGGUGGUGUGGGCUGCCCAUUUCGGGCUCAUCCCCCGUCAUGAAGCUGACAUCCUCUGGGAAUGUCAUGUUAGUCACCUUCUCCUUCAGCAGACAGAGGGACGGCGCAAUCUUCAAAGCAUACUUUCAGGCCAUUCCAAAAGCAGGAUGUGGAGGGUCAAUUUCUUCCUGGAAUGGCUCUAUUUCCUCACCCUACUACCCCUCUUACUACCCUCCUAAUGUAGACUGCACCUGGACCCUACGGGCACCGUUGCCUGGAUACCUGAUCUCCAUGACGAUCGUGACGAUGGAUAUUCAAGAGUCAUCGUCAUCGGACGACUGCGAGAAAGACUGGCUGGACAUUGGAGGGGUCAAACUCUGUAACCCGGUGUCAGACAGCAGCAAAAAGCGGGUCUACUCCUCUCCUCUCUCCCUCCACUUCCACUCCGAUGAAUCUCUCACUCACAAGGGCUUCUACUUACUCUACCGAGUCUUCUCUCCUGAGGGCACCUGUCCUCGUCAGUUUCGCUGUGGAGAUGGACGCUGUAUCCCUCUGAGGAAAGUGUGUGAUGGAGUCAAAGACUGCUCAGAUGGACGGGAUGAGGCUAAAUGCUCAUCCUGCAGGCCGGGGGAAGUGCUGUGUGGGAAUGGACAAUGUAAGCCUCAAAGCAGCCAGUGUGUGAGCCAGAGCUCCUGUGCAGAGAGCAGUGAAGAGGGCACUUGUGGAGGUAAAUGUUACCAUGUGUGCCCCAACAAAGUGUGUUUGCCAAAGUCUUCAGUGUGUGAUGGUGUCAUCGACUGCAAAGACCGCAGUGAUGAACUAAACUGCACCAGAUCGUACCUUAAAGGCUGCUCCUCAUCCACCUACAAAUGUGCUAAUGGAAAGUGUGUGAGCAAGGUCAACCCAGAGUGUGAUGGGGUCAAAGACUGCUUUGAUGGCUCUGAUGAACUGCGCUGUGGCUGUGGCACCAGGCCCAGGAAGCGUACUAAGAUAGUGGGCGGCUCUGAUGCUGCAGCAGGAUCAUGGCCAUGGCAGGUCAGCCUCCAGAUGGAUCGUUACGGCCACGUCUGCGGUGCCACGCUGGUCUCCAACCGUUGGCUCAUUUCUGCAGCACACUGCUUCCAGGACUCAGAUGCUAUUAAAUAUUCUGAUACUCGUGCAUGGCGGGCCCACAUGGGAAUGCGCAUGAUGACCACAGGGAACAAUGGAGCAGCUACCAGACCGAUCCGCCGGAUCCUUCUCCAUCCGCAGUACGACCAGUUCACCUCGGACUAUGACAUCGCCCUCCUCGAGCUCAGUGCUCCCGUUUUCUUCAGCGACUUGGUGCAGCCCGUGUGCGUCCCCGCCUCCUCACACACCUUCACCACCGGGACCAGCUGCUAUGUCACAGGUUGGGGUGUUCUCAUGGAGGACGGUGAGCUGGCCUCUCGCUUACAGGAGGCCUCAGUGAAGAUAAUUAACAGGAACACCUGCAACAAGCUGUAUGAUGACGCUGUUACUCCCCGAAUGCUGUGUGCCGGGAACCUGCAGGGUGGUGUGGAUGCCUGCCAGGGGGACUCAGGAGGUCCGCUAGUGUGUCUGGAGCGUGGCAGACGGUGGUUUCUGGCAGGAAUUGUGAGCUGGGGUGAGGGCUGCGCGAGGCAGAAUCGCCCUGGCGUCUACACACAGGUGGUCAAGUUCACUGACUGGAUCCAUCAGCAGACUAAAGGACAGGUGUGA